AUGCCAGACCCCCGCCGCCGCCAUGAAGAGGAAGAGGGGGGAGGCGGGGACGAGUUGUUUCCCGCCCCCACCUACCAACCACCACCGCCUCCCAGCCCCGACGACUCCUUCAUUCAUGCCGGCACACAGAGAGCCCGCCAGGCGAGACUCAGUGCUCCCAACACUCCCGCCUUCGCUAGUAUUUGCCAGACCUCCAGCCAACAGCACAGCUUUGAGCGGCAUGAUAACAGUGGCAAAGGUCACCGGGGCCCUGGGAACCGCCACAGACUUCUUGUGCAAGGUGGUGGCGGGGCGCGGGUGACUGUGGCCCUCACCUUGCCCCGCCGCAGUCUGCGUCAGCCAAUCAGCGAACUGCACGAACCCCACCACCCGCCUAAACAUAGGCGAAAGAGGACACAAGGCGGCACCUCCGAGGCGGAAAUUCCAGCCAGGAACGGCGGGCGGCUGGGAGCAGCGCCCCGCCAGGUGGGUCAAGUCUUCAUGUUGCGCCCCUCCACCCUCCCUCCGCCCCCAUCCACCCAUCCUCCGCCGCGCCACGCCCCACACCCCUCUUUGCAACCCUCACCACAUGCCACACCUCUCCCCACGCCCCACCCAGCCAGGCGCACUCCACGACCCUUUUUGCCGCACUGUACAGACACCCCAACCCACGCCCUCCCUCGCCCUGCCCCACCCAACGUUCGCAGCCUAAUCUACCGCAGAGUUACACCCCAACCCGAACCCAGCCAACCCGUCACUUCUUCAUCAAUACAACACCUCACUCAGACUCACUGCUAG